AUGGUCGGCUGCGGCCACUUUGACGCCUCGCCAGCUUUUUUGCCGUUGCGCUGCCGUCGUUGGCGCGCCCGCUGCAUUUUGAGCACCGCAUGCUACCUCGCUAGUUGGGCGGAACCUCCGCAUGCCAUCACAAACCUCGGAUGGUGGACAAAGACACUAUCAAGAGACGGGUGCCAAGCAAUGCCGUCUCUCGCUUGCUCAGCAUCGCUUCGCACCUGGCACUCAUGGCUUCCAUUAUUUCACGCAGCGCUUCAACGGGCUAGCACCGUACUGCAUCGCGAUUCGAGCACAAGAUCACUCUGA